AGGGGAGCUACUAUAAGUAAAAUAUCUUUUUUACAAGCAAGAGAUAAGCACGUGGUUCAACUAAAAGAGGAAAAUGUUGAGUUUCGAAGUAGGAUACAACACUUGGAGAAUCUCGUCCAAAAAUUAGUUGCAGUCCAUGGGAAUGAGGAAGCUGAUCAUGAUCCUGGAGUUGAUAAGACAAGUCAUUUGGGCAUGCGUCCUAAACUCCAUGGUAAGUGCAACCUUUUAGAUUGGUGUGGAAAAGAUGAGGUUGUAGCUGAAGGACACUUGUGCUCUAGUGACCCAAAAGGGCUUGUUAAUAAUGCUCCUCUUGGACCUAAUGCAAUGGAAGUGAUGGUC